AUGAUGAUGCAAGCCGCACCUAUCCCAGCGGCGCCUUCGGAGCCCUACGCUUACGUCAAGGAGCCCUUAGUGAAAGUAGAGCAACCUGUAUUGGAGGUCACACCAGAACCUCACAUUUUACAAGAUUUAUCAACUGUCGACCGGCUGUUCAUCACAAAGCGUCUUCGAGUCAGAAGUGUACUGUUUCUGCGAGGGAAGAAAAACAGAUUCUUCGUGAGAACAUCGGAUCAGAACUUGCUGUAUACCAUCGAAGAACAAAAUAGCUGGUGGGUUGGCUACUUCUGCUAUGGAUUGAGACCAUUACAGUUACACGUGAGAGACGGUACUGGAACGGAAGUGAUGCGAAUCAAUCGUCCUUACGCCUGCACGUCGAGGAUACUGCCGUGCCAGUUACAACGAAUCCAGGUUUUUUCUCCACCAGGAACGAAGAUAGGGAGUAUCGAGCAAGUCUGGACAGCUGUGCGACCAGAAUAUGUCGUGAGCCGGGAGAAUGGCGAUCGUAUAUUUUGGAUAUCCGGACCUCGCGUAACCAUCAGCUGUUUCCGAGACAUCCAGUUUCACAUUUACGAUACUGAUGGUACAUCUGUUGGUAGCACUAUUAAGCGCUGGCAGGGGAUACUACACGCCAUGUUCUUGGCACCUGUUACUGAUAGAUUUGGUGUGGCCUUUGACAGAGAUCUCUCCGUUGAAGAUAAAGCUCUUCUCCUUGCGGCGACUUUGUUAUUGGAUUAUAUGUACUAUGAUGUGUAAUUUAUUGACGUAAAUA